ACUCCGAAGUUUGAGGCGCGCACGUGAAGUUGUCAGCCAGCUCGUCCAUCCAUCACUCCUUAUCUACACCUCCCUCUAGCUCUAUGGCGGCUGGUCGUGUGUUGGUGUACGGUGGCAAGGGAGCUCUUGGCUCUACCGUCGUCUCCACCUUCAAGUCGAAAAGCUGGUGGGUGCUUUCCGUGGACCUGUUUGCCAACGAGGACGCAGACGCCAACGUGGUCAUCUCGGAGACGCAGAGCUGGACUACCCAAGGGGAGGAGGUUUGUGGGAUGAAUGGAGGUCGUGUGUUUUCAAACACCACCUGUGGCUGUGGGUGUGUACCGCUGCAUGCAGGUGGCAGGGAAGGUGCAGUCGGUCGUGGGAGAUGACAAACUGGAUGCUGUGGUGUGUGUGGCUGGCGGCUGGGCCGGAGGGAAUGCUGCCUCUCAAGAUCUGGUCAAGAGCUGUGACCUGAUGUGGAAGCAGAGUGUGUGGACGUCUGUCCUGGCAGCCCAGAUCAGCUCCAAGCACCUCAGAGAAGGUGGACUGCUCCUGUUGACGGGGGCCCAGGCAGCUCUGGGAGCUACGUCGGGUAUGAUAGGCUACGGACUGGCCAAGGCGGCGGUCCACCAGCUGGUCUCCAGUCUGGGGGCCGCCGACAGUGGUCUCCCUACCAACACCAGUGUCCUCGCCAUUCUGCCGAUAACUCUGGACACACCCGGGAACCGGAAGGGGAUGGCAAAUGCUGACUUCUCCCAGUGGACACCACUGCAGUACCUGGCAGACGUUCUCGUGGGCUGGGCCGCCGGUCGGGACCGCCCCUCCCCCUCCCCCGCCCUCCUGGAGGUCAAGACCGUGGACGGAAACACUACCAUUACUCCAGUGUAGCUGUUGACGUGUUUAAGUACAGCUAGCCCCAAUUCCCACUAGUAUUCAAUAUAGUGUAUAAUAAUACCCUUGCACUUUAGAAAUUUCAUCAAUUUUUAGGUUGUAAUAAUUAGUAGCUUGCAAUUUUCAAUUGUACAGUUGUAACUUACACAGUGUAACAUGAUUGACAUGUUCCACAGUUGUAUGUAACUCUACACCAUGAAUGUUUACGGCCUCGGCAUGCACCAGUUAGUUGCUGACUUCAGCCCGCUAUUAUCCAAUGACAGCUGAAUGCAGUGCUGCUAACUGGGCGGGGCUGACAAAAAGAGAUUGAACUCUCCCGCCUCCUCCUCCGUCUCGUGUAGCCGGCAGUCUCAGACGAGCGGUAGGUCCAGAUGUGGGGGCACCUUCACCGAGAGCCUUGAGGAACUGAGGAGAGGGGAAGCCAGUGACGCGAGUGGAGACCAUACCACCGAUGUGGUGGCUUGCCAUCAGACGCUGCCCUUCCUCCACCACCUGCACACAAAACACAUGCAGACAACCGUGGUUGAGACACAUAGCUCCUCCUCUAUUUGGAUAGAGUUUGUGGUAAAACUUGCCUUCUGUUGUCGACGUUUCAUUUCAAGAACC